GGUUCUAGGAUGGCCCCGACUCAAGCCGUUCUUCCACUGAACAGAGCUCGCUUCUUGAUGCUCCAAUUUAAUUCCCUCAUCGGGUCCUUUUGCACUUUUCCCUCUUGCACAGCCUCAAUGCCCAGACCUUGGGCGGUUACCUCCUUCUCACCCUUUGGCUCACCUUUGCACCAGCUAGUCUUGCUAAUCUCACCCAAGAUGAGAGCCUCUCCCCCCGGCACAUCAUUCUAUCUCUCCAUCGGAGCUCCUCUCCUGGCUCCUCUCUGUUGGCUCCUUCCCCUCUUGAUCACGUCGUGCAAGACUUUUUGUUCUGUUACUUGACCGCCAAGACCAGCAUAUGCUUCCUGCUGUGAUAGUCCAGAAACAAGCGCGCCUUUUUUUCUCCCCUCCUCUGAUGCACGUAUCAUUUGGCUUCUCUCUGGCCAAUCCAUCCUGUCUCUGUGGGGUCUCGGUUGACUUCAUACCCUCUUGACUUGCCAAGAAGGGCAUGUCGUUGUGAACACUCGUUCUGCACUGCCACUCUCAAGUCUCGCCGGUCCAAGAUUCCAGACAACAUCAGCCUAUACCUCUAACGCUCUUGAAAACUCUUCUUCCUCAUCAUCAGUCUCGUCUUGUGUGAGGACUUCUCAAGGUCAUCUCAAACAUGACGGCUACUCAAGGUUGAUUAUCCCGCACUACUCUCUUCAACUCCACACGCCAUCCGACGGAAAGUAGACUAUCGCCUCUCGCCCGGAAUCGAACCCCUCCUCUCUGCACUGCCCUCUUGUGCUGUCACCAUUCAGCAGGCACGCAGGCUGACUUGACGGCGUCGGUGUACACUUAAGAAACGGAAACUCUCUUCGACGGGGCUAAGGGCGCAGUUACGCCAAGGCUCACGGAAGUCUUCACGCUCAGCGUUUUGGAAUUCUUGGUGCGCCUUUGAGGCUCUCUCUACCUGGAAGGAACGCGAAGACACCUCCGUACGCAAGUCGCCUCCUACACAGCCUUGUUGUACAGCUCGUGUGUUGCCCUUCUGCCUUCUUAAUACUCUUCAACUCGCCGGAGGUUACACCAACUCCUGCUACCUAGCAUCAUCAUUAUUGCAAACAGUUUCUCUUUUCUCUCUCCCUAGAACUCUUUCCUCAACUUCAUUUCCACCUCGUCCAUGAGAAAGUCAUAGCAUCAACUCAAGACUACUCUGCAUCGGUGCUAAUGGCGUCUCUCGCACCACCCCAGUUGCGCGUCGACACCCGCAAUUCUCGCGGUAAUGACAACGACGACGCGAUAACGCCGUCACCUAUAUCGACGCACUCAAAUCCGUUUCUCACGCCGGCAAUCAGCGCUGCAACAAGUAUGCAUUCAACCGCUUUAACGGAAGAUCCGGAUACAGCUCUUCACCCCGAUCCCGGCACGGAAGGCGACUUUGUCGUUGAUAAUAAUCCUUUUGCUUUUAGCCCUGGGCACCUCAACAAACUUCUCAACCCGAAAUCUUUGGCAGCUUUUUUCGCGCUUGGCGGCCUGCGCGGUAUCGAAAAAGGACUACAGACAGAUGUCAAAGCCGGUUUGUCCCAAGAUGAGGUGGGCGUUGGGGGCAGAGUAAGCUUCCAGGAGGCCACCGGCCAUCAGGAGCCCUCCUUCGCCACAUCCGGUGCACAGCCACCAGCCACAGCACACCACGCUGAUGCCAAUGGUUUCAUUGACCGAACCCGAGUUUACGGCAAGAAUGUCCUGCCCGCCAAGAAGGCGACACCCUUGUGGAAACUCAUGUGGGGUGCAUACAACGACAAAGUUAUCAUUUUGCUUACAGUCGCCGCCGCUAUUUCGCUUGCGCUUGGCCUUUACGAAACCUUUGGUGCUGAGCACGACCCUGAGGCAGGUCAGCCGGUUGACUGGGUUGAAGGAGUAGCAAUCAUUGCUGCUAUUUUGAUCGUCACCUUGGUUGGAUCUUUGAACGACUGGCAGAAGGAGCGAGCCUUUGUCAAGCUCAACGCCAAAAAGGAAGACCGUGAGGUCAAGGUUAUUCGAUCCGGCAAGUCUUAUAUGUUGAACGUCGCAGAGAUCUUGGUCGGCGAUGUUAUCCACCUUGAGCCCGGUGAUCUCGUUCCCGUGGACGGUAUCUUCAUCAGCGGCCAUGAUUUGAAGUGCGACGAGUCCUCGGCGACGGGUGAGUCCGACGCUCUCAAGAAGACGGGCGGUGAUGCCGUCUACAACGCCCUGCAAUCUGGAAACGCUACCAAGGACCUCGACCCCUUUAUCAUCUCUGGCGCCAAGGUUCUCGAGGGUGUUGGCACGUUUGUCUGCACAUCCGUCGGUACCAACUCUAGCUUUGGAAAGAUUAUGAUGUCGGUACGCACCGAGAUGGAGGCAACGCCUUUGCAGAAGAAGCUCGAGGGCCUCGCUAUGGCUAUUGCCAAGCUUGGUAGCAGUGCUGCCCUUCUCCUUUUUGUCGUCCUCCUCAUCCGCUUCCUGGCUGGCUUGGGCUCCAACAACAGCUCUGGCGCCGAGAAGGCUUCCACUUUCAUGGAUAUCUUGAUCGUCGCCAUCACUAUCAUCGUCGUUGCCGUCCCAGAAGGACUACCUCUGGCUGUAACAUUGGCUUUGGCAUUCGCUACCACCCGUCUAUUGAAGGAGAACAAUCUGGUCCGUAUCCUUCGGGCAUGCGAGACGAUGGGCAACGCCACUACGAUUUGCUCCGACAAGACUGGUACUCUGACCACGAACAAGAUGACUGUUGUUGCCGGCACGUUCGGAUCUGCCAGCUUCUCCAAGUCGGUUGAGGGCGAGAAGACAAUCGGCGCCGUCGAGUUUGCUCAAUCACUUCCUACAGCUACGAAGAAGCUCAUCGUCCAGUCUGUCGCCAUCAACUCAACCGCUUUCGAGGGUGAGGAGGAAGGCCAGGCUACAUUCAUUGGUUCCAAGACCGAGACCGCCCUUCUCCAGUUCGCCAAGGACCACCUCGGUAUGCAGGGGCUGGCCGAGACUCGUGCCAACGAGGAAGUUGCGCAAAUGAUGCCAUUCGACUCCAGCAAGAAGUGCAUGGGUGCCGUCAUCAAGCUAUCCGGCAACGAUGGGUACCGCCUUGUAGUCAAGGGUGCUUCCGAGAUUCUCCUCGGGUACUGCAGCCAACAGGUCAACGUCAACGAUCUCUCCAUCUCGACUCUGGAGCAGUCCGACCGCCUCAACCUCGAGGCGACGAUUGACGCCUACGCCAAGCAGUCUCUCCGCACCAUCGCACUCAUCUACCAAGACUUUCCUCAAUGGCCCCCUCACGGCGUCAACGCCACCAUCGAAGGACACGUCGAUCUCGGAGACGUCCUCCACGACCUCGUCUUUGCCGGUGUCGUUGGUAUCCAGGACCCCGUCCGUCCUGGUGUUCCCGAAGCUGUCCGCAAGGCCAAACACGCUGGUGUUGUCGUUCGCAUGGUUACUGGUGACAAUGCUGUCACUGCCCAGGCUAUUGCCACCGAGUGCGGCAUCUUCACCGAGGGUGGUCUCAUUAUGGAGGGUCCUGUCUUUAGGAAGCUUUCUGUCGAGCAGAUGAACGAGAUGCUGCCCCGCCUGCAAGUCCUUGCCCGCUCCUCUCCAGAGGACAAGCGCGUCUUGGUCACCCGACUCAAGGCUCUUGGUGAAACCGUGGCCGUCACUGGCGAUGGUACUAACGAUGCGCCUGCACUCAAGGCAGCUGAUGUCGGUUUCUCCAUGGGUAUUUCCGGUACCGAGGUCGCUAAGGAGGCGUCUUCUAUCGUCUUGAUGGAUGACAACUUCACCUCGAUUGUCACGGCCCUGAAGUGGGGAAGAGCAGUGAACGACGCCGUGCAGAAGUUCCUUCAGUUCCAAAUCACGGUCAACAUCACUGCUGUUCUCCUCGCCUUCAUCACCGCCGUCUCCGAUCCCGACAUGGAAUCCGUCCUCACCGCCGUCCAGCUCUUGUGGGUCAACCUUAUCAUGGACACCUUCGCCGCCCUUGCGCUCGCCACGGACCCUCCGACCGAGAAGAUCCUCGACCGCCUGCCGCAAGGCAAGAAGGCGCCCCUCAUCACCAUCAACAUGUGGAAGAUGAUCAUCGGCCAGGCAAUCUUCCAGCUGACCGCUACUCUCAUCCUCCACUUCGCCGGCAACGCCAUCUUCGGCUACGAUGCCCACAACGAAGACCAGCAGCUGGAGCUCGACUCCAUGAUCUUCAACACCUUUGUGUGGAUGCAAAUCUUCAACGAGUUCAACAACCGUCGCUUGGACAACAAGUUCAACAUUUUUGAGGGCGUGCACCGCAACUACUUCUUCAUCGUCAUCAACUGCAUCAUGGUUGGCGCCCAGGUUGCUAUCAUCUUUGUCGGUGGUAAGGCCUUCCGCAUCACACCCGGCGGUAUCAGCGGCGAACACUGGGCCGUCUCCAUCGUUCUCGCCUCCGUCUCUCUCCCCAUGGCCGUCCUCAUCCGUCUCUUCCCCGACCCCUGGUUUGAGAAGGUUGCAAAGACGGUCGGCAGACCCGUUGUUAUCGUCUACCGCGCCCUCGGCAGGUUCUUCACCACCAUCGGUGCCGCUUUCCGUCGCAAGAAGACUACCGAGGCUGACGCCGUAUCCGAGGACGCGGGUGUUUCUUCGGGCUCUGACGACGCCAAGGUUGCUGCGCCCGAGAUUGUCAUCUCCACCCAGGAGGAGAACAUGAACACAAACACCAGAGAUAUUGAGAAGGCUCAGUGAUCAGUCAUUAUCAUUCAUGAUCCGCUUCUUCACAGACUCUUAUUUUUGCAUAUACUUCCAUUCCUCUGUUACAUGUUACUAGCUACGAUACCAUUUAGUGCGGCUUUUUGUUUGGAUUUCCAUUUCCUUGGCACGAUUCUACGACCGGAUUCUUUUUUGCGUACGUAUAUACAACGGGUAUUACAACAUACACCUUAGUCCAAUCUUGUCUUUUGGGGGGCGUUCAUGGGGCUCGGGGCACCAAAAUUCACGUGUGGAAUGGUUCGGCACACUGGGACGGAGGGCAAAACCUGUCAUUACGGCAUUAGAGAGCGAUACUUGCAUUAUUGGUUACGAUAUGAUACGAUAGAAUAUGUUCGUCACUUGCGGAUACGGGACAGUACCCAGUACGAUGAACUGAACAGAGC